GCUGCUUCCGGUUGACAACCAAAGUUUGAAAAUGGCGUCCUCGAAUGAAAAUAACCAACGUGGCAUCAAGCAGUAGAUCUAUUUUGCUUUCCUUCAUUUAAAAAAAUAUAAAUCUUUGUAUCUGUAUACAAAUUAACAUAAAUACCAACAUGUCAGCUGUAACUGAAGUGCCCGGUGUCAAUAGUGCUGUGGAAAAAUUACAAGAACUUGGUGCGCGUUUGAAGACAGAAGAUGUCAACUUUAAAGAAAAGGAUAUUAAUAAUCUAACUAGGAUUGUGGAAGCUCUUAAUGAACUGGAAGAAGAGAGGAAACUAAUGCACGAGAAGCUGGAAAUUGAAACAAUUAAGUCCAGUAUCUUGAGGCAUGAGCUAAACUUCCUGCCAGGGCAGAUUAGAGAUGAAAUUAUGAAUGCGGUGAAUGCAGCACGCCAGUCUAAUGCUGAUGCCCUGAAAACUCUCCAAGAGAAGCUAGAAAACAUAAAUAACAACAUUGUGCAGAAUGAGAAGAUAGCUCUGGAACUGGAAAAUGAAAAUGCUAUUCUUCACCCAGAAAAAGAAUUGUUACAUCAGCAACAUGAAGAAAUUAUCUCCCAACUGAAUCAGAAAAUGGCUGACAAAGCAAUGACACAGAUUGCAUUGAAUGAAACAAGGGACAAAGUCAGACAAACUAAUCAAGAUAUGGAAGAUCUGGAGGAUGGGAUACUUCAACUCAAAGAGGAAUUGAUACAGGAGAGAACUGAGGCUCGUGUAGAAAAAAAAAGACUGAAAAAAGCUGUCAUUGCCACCCAGACAAAGACCAAAGAACAGAGAGAACAGAACAUAGAAAAGAAAAAUGAGUUAGAUUUACAUCAAGAAAAGCUGUUGGACAGCCAGGGCAAGCUGGAUGUAUUGAAAAAGAGCAUUCAGCGUUACGAGGCGUCAAGGAAUAAACUAGAAACAGACGAGACAGCACUCAUCUCUCAUCUAGAGCAACAGCACAAACUCAUGGAGCAUCAGAGGAGGAAGGGGGCUGAUGUUAUCAACCAAGGCCUGAGGGAAGAACAAGACUUUGAAAACAAACAAAAAACUUUACACAAGAGACUCAAAAUUCUGAAAAGUGACAUCACUAGAGAAACAGAGAGAACAGAUGUUUUGGAACAGAGGAGAACUCAGCUGUACAUUGAUGUACAAGAAAAACAAAAGAUAACUGAAGAUGAAGCUAAAUAUGUGGAGCAAUUAGAUCUUAGGCUGCAAGCUGCUAAAGAAAAUUUGAGUGAGAAAGCUGAAGAGUUUGGCCGAAUGCAAACUGAAAAUACACAAAUGGCAGAUGAACUGAUAUCUUUAGAGGGGUCUCACAAGGCUGUGUUGGCUCAGUUGAACAAUCAAAUAGAGGAACACAGAGAUCAAUUGGCUAGAGAACGUAAUGAAAGAAUUGAGUUACAGCGUAACAAAGACGUGGUGGGCAGCAAUUUACAAAACAUCAAAACAGACCAGCAACAAUUUAUUAUGGCCAAAACUGCUGAAAUACAAGAGGGGAAGAAAAAACAUGUGGAUCUCUCGAAUGAAGGGGUAUCACUCCAAAAUGAAAUAAAGAAAGAUGAAGUAGAAAUUCAAGCAUUAGACACAAAAUUAAAAGCUCUAGAAAAAUCGUAUGAGGAAAUGUUCACCAGUUGUCAACAAAAGGUGGACACCCUGCAGAGUGAAAUAGGCUCAAUGGAAAAUGAGAUUUCUCAAAAGAAAUUGACUUUGUUAGAGAAAAUCCCAGAAUUCCAAGAGUAUGAAGAGUUUUUUAAUAGAAGAAAUGAAGAGUAUGAUACAGUCAAGAAAUCUAUAGUUGUUCUCAAGAAUAAAAAGCUGAGUCUGGAGGAUACCAUGAAAAGAACCAAACGAGAACAAGAAAGUCUUAAAGUUCCUCAGGCAACACUACUGAAUGAUCUGAAAGAAAAUCGCAGCCUCGUAAUGAAACAGAUUCAGUCUCAAGCAGACGUGACCAAUGAGAUGGAACAACAAAUAUUUCUUGCUGGCUGUCAGCUUAGAAUGGUAAUGGAAGAGAACCAAAGAUUUGAAAAGGCAUGUAAAAAACUAGAAGAAGAAUUAGCAGAACUAGAGAAACAAAAGUUGGAAAAUGAAAAAGUAAAACUGGCAUCUGAAGAGAACUUGAUCACACUGAAAAAUGAACUGACAGAGAAAUGGGAAAAAGAUAAACUAAUGCAAGAGUUUUUUGCCAUACGGGAUGAAAAAACUGCUGAAGCGUUUGGCUGUUUGAUGGAAAAGACUGGUAAACGUGAAAUGAAAAUUGAUGGUAUUGCUGUUAAAAUGAAAGCAGAGUUGGAAGUUUUAUCAGACUUUCUAGAUACCAUAGCAACACGGCGACCACAUGGAUCUAAAAAACAGAAAAGUUUUCUUGGAGUAACUAAGCCCCCAAACUUUCACCAGACAAAGAAGUACAAAGAUAGCAGUCUUACACCUAGACAACAGUGACAGCAGACAAGGCUUGUUACCCUACAAGCUUGAAGAAUGUAUUGGUGGCUUGAGAAGAGACUUGUCAAAUAAAAUUUGCUCAUGAUCGGUUGGGGGGUGGAGGAAUCAGUAACGUGACAGUAUUUUUUUGUUUUAGUUUUUAAAAUGUAAUUAAUGAAACUAAGUUUUUGCAGCUAUUUGUUUUUAAUUUAUCUUGAGAAUUGUAAUACAAUGUGAUAAAUGUACAUAAUUUUGUACAUAAUUUACUUAACUCAUUUAAUAUUUUAAUAUCUAGAAACUCCAGUUUUUAAAGGUUCUAUCAGUUGGGUGUAGGGAGGACAAGGGGGUGUGAUUAGAUUUGAUAGGAGGAAGAAAAGAAUGACAAAAAGUAUGUCAUUCAUCUAUCAGCUUAUUUUACUUUUAAAGUUCAAGAUCUAUUGUUUUGUCAUGGAUAGUUACUUCCCUUAAUUGUUGACCUAAAAAACCAUUUAAAAUGUUCUAUUUUAAUGACAAAUAUUUGUUAAAUAAAGCUAUUUAACAUCU